UGGAGCUUUAUAAAGAUGAGAAAUUCCUCCCUUUUUUUCCCCAUAAUUGACAUAUUGACAAAGAAAUCCUCAAAAUGUAUAAGAACACCAUAAUCCAAUUGACACUUUGCCUUGUUGGAUGUGUUUUAACUUCAGUGAUAGCAUUCGGUCCGAUGGCACAGCCAGCUAUGAUGUCUAAAGGUAGAUCUGAAGGUGAAAAAAUGAAAGGAAUGGCUGAUGAAAAUGAUAUGUCUGAAGAACAGUUCUUUAAAUGUUUCAGCGAUAUCAAUUGCAAUUUAGGUCCAGAAGCAAAAGCAGAGAUGUUUGAUUGCUACCAUGUACCUAAUGAAGAGGAAAUCGCUGAAUAUGCGCUGUGGUUCAAAGAUUGCCCAGUCGGCGAAUUCGAACAGUAUGACAUACCUACAAUAAACACUGCUUUCUGUAAAAUGAAUGAGACAGACCAGAGAACAUUAAAUGAGUUUUUUGCAGAAGUGGCCGGAUCCCAUAUAAAGGAAAUCUGUGGAGAUCGUAACAAAAAAGAGAAAUGCAAAAGAGUUAAAGAAGGAGCACAAUGCAUUUCCCAACUUAUGGAGAGAUACGUAGCUGAAGGAAAAUGUGAAACGAUUGAUCAAAAGGUUCCUGAACCUCCAAUAUAACCACAAUAAGAUUCUUUCAUUGGAAUUGCUAUAAAUCAAAAGAAUUGAUCAAAAGUUCUACAUAAAAUUAUUCAUUAAAUAUUUUGUUUC